AUAAAAGUGUAAAAUAUCGGAAUCGCCCCCGCGUGUUUCCUUCCCGCGUACGUUGUGCUAGGUGGAAGUUGGUCAUGGUCGUCCGCCAAACGGAAAGCCGCCAUGAUGGCUUUCUGCAAACUACGCUCAAUAUGUAAAGUUUCGUUAUUGUUUUUCAUUAAUUGUGACUGAGUGCGUGCAAAAAUUAACCAUGGGAACGAACUAGAGUGUGCAAAGUUCAGUUUACGGUCCUUUUGGACCUCCUAGAGGAGCAAAAAAGUGUUUUAUAAGUGCAUUUUAGUGUCGACGCUAGCGUGUUUUGUUCUGUCAACAAAAUGUCGAAGCUCUCGUUUAGGGCGAGGGCCCUGGAUGCGUCGAAACCAAUGCCCAUAUAUCUCGCCGAGGAGCUUCCGGAUUUGCCGGACUACUCGGCGAUUAAUCGUGCAGUACCUCAAAUGCCCUCUGGAAUGGAAAAAGAGGAGGAAAGUGAACACCACCUCCAGAGGGCGAUCUCAGGCACGGGGCUCAUCAUACCAACACCGGAGGUGUGCGAGGUCACCGACCUCCAGUUCUACGAGCGAUGCUACCCGCCCGACUACAAAAUGCCCAAGCAGCAUAUACACAUGCAGCCGCUAUGGGAGGAGCAGGAGGCGCCGGAGUACGACAUCGACUCGGAGGACGAGCGGUGGCUCAAGCAGCAGAAGCACCUCGAGCUCACGGAGCUAAAGUUCGAGCAGAUGAUGGACAAGCUGGAGAAGAGCUCCGGCCAGACGGUGGUGACCCUCAGCGAGGCGAAGCUACUGCUGGAGAGGCACGACGAACUCGUCACAGCGGUUUACGACUACUGGCUCAACAAGCGGCUGACCACGCAACACCCGUUGAUACUGUCGGUGAAAACAGAGAGCAGGCCCGGCCAGUCGUCCAACAACCCGUACCUCGCGUUCCGGCGGCGGACUGAGAAGAUGCAGACCAGGAAGAACAGGAAAAACGACGAGACAUCAUACGAAAAGAUGCUGAAGCUCCGCCGCGAUCUCGUGCGGGCGUUGACCCUGCUCGAACUGGUCGCCAGGCGGGAGGUGGCCAAGCGCGAGCUGGUCGCGCUCACCGCCCAACUCGCCGACCGCCGGUACACGGCCGGAGACUUCGCCAAUCAGCUGUUGCCGCCUGAACCAACUCCCAGGAGUCGUUCAAAUUUCUCCGUCAGAGCGUCGUACACGAGCGUACCGCUGUCGGCGAGUCGACUGGCCGCGAGCUGUCGCCACUACGAGCCGCUAUAUACGCCGCGCGCCGCCUCCACGCACGUCCACUCCCCCGCCUCGCACCACGACGUCCACGCCGCACACGCUGCCCCCCGACAGCGAGAGAAGCGGCCGUACAAGAAACGGCCCAAACACAGGCAUCCGGCCGUCGGCUCGGUGCAGGGGCUGCGAGAGUCGGGCGUUUACACGUCGUCGGAAGAGGAGAGUGUGCCGCGCGAGGCGGCCGCCAGCCCGCCCGACGACGGGCCGUUUGCGUUCAGGCGGAAACCGGGCUGCUACUACGAAAUGCCCACGUCUACCCUGUAUGGGGACCCAGUGGACCCGGAGAAACCCACAAAGGACGGCCUGUACGAGCACGAGAUCGACACGCGGCAUAGGUUCACACUGACGUCGCUGCGGUGCGCGGACGGGUCGCGGCGCUGCGUGGGGUUCGCGCGGCGGCGGCUCGGGCGCGGCGGCCGCCUGCUGCUCGACCGCCGCGCCACGCCGCUCGACGACCUCUGGCCGCGCCUGCCGCCGCCCGCCGCCGCCGUCGCCCGCCAGGAGGAGAUGGAGAAGAAAUCACAUCGAACUCCCUUGGAGGUGUCCCGGGAUUACCACGCGGGCGGCAAGUAUCCGUGGCGGCGCGCGUUCCGGCAGCACCUCGCGCGGAAGCCCGAUCUCUGGAUCGCGGAGGAGGUCAAACCCCCCGCGGACGAUGUCAAAGUCCACGCCGACGACGUCAAACUCGACGUGGACGACGUCAAAGUCCUCGCCGACGACGUCAAACUCGACGUGGAUGACGUUAAAGUCAAAGAGGAACCAAUGGACGUGUUACCCGAUGUUAUACCUCAGGAUAGUGUAAAAAGUGAUAUUAGUGUUAGUGCAAGAACUAUAGAUAGUGAUGUAAGGCAGAAUCUGCAGCGGGUGAUGAGGAAGCGGUCCUGGAGUGGCUGCAGUGAUAGCAGCUACGACUCCGAUGAAAGUCUGCAUCCGGUCGAGAGGGAGUUUGAAAAUUUCAUCAACGAGGUUAACAAAAAAUGGCUACAUUUCCGACCAAAAACACCUCCGCCCUCACCACCUGAACAGGAAACACCAGCGGACGAUCAAUUUCCCAUCGGCCCUGAUACCCUCAUCUCCGUUGAGCUAAGACCAGCGGAGAAACCUCCCUCCGAAGCUCUAGACACAUUCACCACCUCCCAGUUUACCCUCGGUGAACUAUACGGUGAUAUAAAUCCAGAAGACACCAGCGGUAGCAGUCUAGACAUAAGCGACGAUCUGCUACCCGAGAAUUUCACAGGACUAACCGAGGCCCAAGUCGAAAGCAUCCUCUCGGAGACAGACUUGAAGACCUUAGCUGAAGACCUCACGAAAGAUGAUAAAAAGAUAACGGAUGAUAUAUUGGAGUUGGUGAACGAUGUUGACAAGGGUUCUUUUUUAUUGCAAGGCCAGAGCACGGAAGGGCGCGCCGUCUCUGGCCCAAAGAGGAGGAAGGCGGAUUCCUUCGGCUCCAGUGUGGUCCACGUCAGCGCGGAUAAGGAAACCAUAUACGUUGACACGGAAACGCCUAAAAUUGUCGAGACGCCCAAAGAGAUCAAAGCGGAGAAGGUGGAGCCUUCUCCGGUGCCAACGUCCAAGAUCAUCGUCGAGGAAGUGAACGAAGUGCCUCAAAUCAAAUUGGAGAAGAAGAGGAAGGAUGAGACGCUGGAGGAGGUGCAGUUGGCUCCAGGUGUUCAGCUGAAGACUGUCCAGACGAAGCAUUCGCCACUGAAGAAGCAUAUAAUAACGUCAGUGGCCCAUAGGAGACCCAACGAGGUGUCGUUGGUGCAGGAGACGUCGCAACCCCAAAUCGUGACCGUCGCUGUCUCAGAUAGUUUGAAGGUGCGACUUCAGAACCACCUUCUGUCGAGCCAGUCGGGUGUACUGGUUCAGAACGGGCCGUUCCCCUCCGUGGCGGUCGCACUGCCCCUGCAGCGGGAUCGGGCCGACCGGACUGAUCGGGCCGAUCGCGCCGAACGGACUGACACCGUGAAACUGUCGGUGGCGGGCAGUGUGUCGGCGGCGGGCGUGGUGUCGGCGGCCGGUGGAGGCGUGGCGCGGCGGGCGGGCGCGCCGCUGGUGCAGCUGGCGCACAAGCCGCUGCAGCUGCACGCCGCGCACGCCGCGCACGCCGCGCACGCCGCCCACGCCGCCCACGCCGCCCACGCCACCCACGCCACCCACGCGCAGCACGCGCCGCUCGUCGUCGCGCACCCGCACGCCAUACACCACGUCGCGCCCAACAAGCUCAAGGUGCUGCACGCGCACCCGCUGACGCAGUCGCAGCGCGCGCAGCUGCUGGCGGCGCGCGCGGGCGCGGCGGCCGCCGGCGUCGCGCUCGCGCCGCUCGCGCCACUAGCGCCACUAGCGCCGCUGUCAGACGCACGCCACCCCGCGCUGCUGAAAGCCGCGCCCGGCUCCGUAGCGCAGUUCUUCGAGAUCAAGGGCGGUCAGCUAGCCAAAGGUCCUCACCUCGUUAACGUAGUCCGGCAACCGGCGCCCAAGCGGCGAGAAACCACUACGGCGCCCGCCGCCGCUACCGCUCCCGCCGCUGCUACCGCGCCCGCUACCGCUACCGCUCGUCCGCAGCGGCUCAGUCUAGGGCUCGACGGUCGGACGCUAGUUCACGCCGCUCUGCCCACUAUACCAACGUUGUCGACGCGGCCCCCUCGCCAGCAGAUACAGCUCAAGAGCCGCCCCUUACACGUCACGGAUGCGAGGGUCCCGAACGCUGUGGUGGCGAACUUGCUACAGAAGACGGCGGUGUUGCCGCGCGGCCCCAAGAUAGCGAUCUCCGGUCCGGGCGGGCAGCCGCUGUCCGCCAACGUGCAGGCCAUCGCCUUCACCACCGCGCAGCUGAAGGCGAGACAGGCCAGGCUGAUACCGCAGCCGAGGCCCGUGCCAGUCGCCGAAAUAGUUGAGGCGUCGACCGCCCCGGCGACGUCGUCCGCCCCGGCCACCAUCUCGGCGGAGCGCGGGCUGCAGGACGAGGAGACGGCCACCAACGGCUCGGUGCGGCGGCGGACGGCCGACUCGCUGCCGAUGGAGGUCACGUGACAGCCGCCCCGCCCGUCACGCCCGCCACGCUCGCCACGGCCGCCACACUCGUCACGCCCGCCACACCCGCCACACUCGCCACACCCGUCACGCUCGCCACAUAACGGUAACCCACGCCCCGAUGUGACGGCUCACAAAGUCGCGGCCAGUGCCAACGCGGACGCGGACCCUGUUCGCGAUAUAAACAGUCAUAAUGUAAUAACAGAUCUCAAUGUAAGUAACGAGUUUGAUUGCACAACCGGUGAUGUCAAACGCGAUGGCAGCGGCUCGGCAAAUGUUCCAUGUUCGCCACACAAACAACAUUCGAGUAUCAGCGCGGAUUGUGACAAUGAAAUUGUCAGUACCGAUCUCGAUGCGGCAGAUCCGCAAGAAUCCACGGAUUUGAAAAGGAACAUCGACGCGCCAAUGGAUCGGGUGGUCGAAAAGGUGCUACCCAUUUUGGUGUUCUAGCCAAAACUCAAGUAAUUUACCGCCAUAUUGUAUUUAUUUAUUUUCCCCUAAUGAGGCCAAGACGUUUCAGUGUACAGCUUUAAAUAAUUACAUUGAAUUUUAUAUGUCUACUUAAUUUUUAAAUAGGCUAUAUUAUGUUCACCAAGUACAUUGUAUAAAAUCAAUCACCCGGCUUAUAAAUAUUUUUUAAUUCUUUCUAAAAUUUUUGUUAUUAUUAAAAAUUGGAAUUACCUUCAGACAAAUUGUAAAGGGCGGGAAAAUUUUUGAAAAACGAAUCCAAGUAAAAUUUAGAAUGUUGAUUAAUGUUGUAACUUUUUAAUCUGUUGGCUAAUAAGUAACCAGUGUUAAUUAUUUAAAAAAAAAAUUGCGACAAUGUAAUUUUUUUUUUUAAUAACAUUGUCUAUGAUCGUAACUGUAGCUUUUUAGCCAUUUCUUGGAAAACUUUAAAAGAAAUUCUCUGUUUAAUUAAAUAAAUGCAAUGUUUAUUAACUGUCAUAUUAUACAGACUGCAAAUAAAAAAAAAAGUAUUACUUUUAUUUGAAAUAAUUACUGAAUGGCGUUAUUAAAAAAAAAAUGAAAUUGACGCGCCGAAGCCGAUCUGGCCAUAUGUUGUUUAUUUAAUUUUUUUUUUUUAUUAUUAAAUAUGUGAUAAUAAAAAUGAAAAUGUUUUUAAAUUAUCUCUCAAAGACCAUAGUUUAAUAUGAAAGGUGUUUUUCGUUCUGUUUAUAAAAACAGUGAAACGAAACGGCGUCUUUGAAUUAUAUAGUCUGUGUACACUAUAGGUAUAUAAGGCAUAUCUUUAAUUUUGGAAUUUAAAAUUUUCAAACGUUACUUUUAUUCGCGUUUUAGUUAAAUUAUCGCAUGAAUAUAAAAUCAUAUCAUUAUAUAUCUGUCAUUAAUUGCCCACUGCUGGACAUAGACCUUUCCCAUAAGGGGGGUUUUGCCAGUAGUUGCCACGCUUGGCAGGCGGGUUAACAACCGUUUGAUUUCGGCUUUAGUGAUAUUUUAAAAGGGACCUUGCUGCCUAUCCCUUAACCGCCAAGUUCUCUUAAUCGCUUCUCACGACAUCCACGUGGAUGAAAGGGAUGGCCCAUUCUAUAAAAUAAAAAUACUAUAAUAUUAAUUAAUUGUUUCGGUGUUUCCUUCGCUAUUAUAUGAUUCAAAGAACACAUGAACAUAAAAAAAAUUGGCUAUUGACGUUAUAACAUUGGAGCAUUUAAUAUGAUUUCCCAUAUAGCUUUAGACAUGUCUACGCAUAACUAAAGCUUCGUUAGUAUCCUGGGUUGGGCACUAGAGAAGUCUAAGAUAGGCACGAUGGACUACAGUGACCCAUUUACUAUCAGAUGGGCUGUAGGCUUGUUUGCCACUUUCGUGGUAUAGGAAAAAAAAACAAUUAUUAAAGUGUUUUACUGUCCACUAACAGUGAUAACAAACCAAAUAGCUCGAGUGACGACGGUAGGCUCGCCCCCGCAACGUUGCAUACCAACAUGCUCGGCGAAAUAUGCGUGUGUCGACUGUUACGUUCACCAUAACGGGAACAGUCGAUAGAUGACUCUGACUACCUUGUUAGUGAUUAUAGACGUGAAUAUGUUUAUUUUUUAUUAAUAGUUUCGGGUCGACCAAUGCUUACGUAACGCCUCUAAUACUGCAAGUGUCCUCAAGCUACGGUGACAGCUUACUAUCAGGCAGGCCGUAUACUUGUUUGUCAUCUGAAUGGUAUAUUUUUUUUACUGUCAUCAUGGCAGAUUGAUAGCUUUCUCAAUACAAUUCCAUAGACUAACAUACCAUAAAAGAGUCUUGACUCCCAUAUAUUCUCAAUAUUGGCAUUUUAAUCACUAUAUUUAACUAACUAUUCGCCUGCGGCUUCGUUUAUGUUGUUUUCAGCUAUGUUUAAUUAUAGAACAAACGAUCCUAUAGAAACCAGUUUCAACAACAACAGUUCUUAACUGCUGAAUCGAUUUCAAUGAAAUUUCGUAUAUAGAAAGUUAUUAUUCUAGAUUAAACGUAAGGUACUGUCCAACCCCAUUUACAUGAGCAAACUCCGCGGGAUAUAGUUAGUUUAUAGCAUUAGGACAUAGUAAGAUAUCAAAGUUAUUCGAGUCGUGUAAAUGACCGAUUUUACUUCUUAUAGUUAAUUUAAAUGUAGUUAAGAAAUUUGAAAAAAAAAAAGUUACCCCUUGAGCUUUUUAAGCUUCCCUUUUUACGAUUAGUUUUAAUUUACUUUUUAUUUAUUAUACGAAUACAUAUUUGUAAUGUAAUGUAAAUAGAACUCUAUUUUCCGCGCUUAGCCUCUCAUUUGGGCCGUUGUGCGUAUGAGUCGUGGCUAGUGCUGCCAACCUAGCUCCGCCCAGAAGCGCAGAAGCUUCCUGGGUUCUUCACAGGCCUCAUGGAGCGACCUCACCGUUCCGAGGAUUUCUAAACGUUGUGUUACAAACUUAUAAAGAAACGAAUAUUAUGAAUGUAUUUUAACCUUAGCUAGUGUUCAUCAUCAUUAUUAUCAUCAUCAUCUUCAUCAUCUCAGCCAUUAACUGUCCACUACUGAAUAUAAGUCUCGCUCGUAGACUACCAUAUAGAACGGUCUCGAGUCAAUGACUGGGGGUGAUUUCCUUCUGGUAUUUGUCAAUGGUGGGUUUGCCAGUAAUUGCCACGCUUGGCAGUCGGAUUGGCAACCGCAGUUAGGCUUUGGUGAUGUUUUAAGAGGGACGCUGUUGCCCGAUAUUUGACUAUUAAAUACCCUUAUUCGCCUCUUACGACACCCAUGGGAAAGGAAUGAGUGGUCCAUGCCAUGCAGGGACCAUACGGCAACUAGUAUUGUCAUAGAGCUAAUAAAAAAUAAUCAAAAUUAGUUUUAAAUUUGCCAACAUACAGGGUGAAAUUGUUAGUAUAAUUUUAAAAGUGUGUUCUGUGUUACCAGUAAAAUAUGAAUGUUCUUUCCAAAAAAACUUUACGUAUAGCUCAAUUUAUAUUUUGUGUCAUAAUAAAUACGUAUGGUAUAGUUAACAGAUCUAAAAACCUAUAGAAAAAAAAUAAAACCAUUAUGGAUUCAAUAAAUUUGAGAAAACAUCAAUUAUUAAAUUUACACAGACUUAAUCUCAAUUACUAUUGAUUUUUAUGAGUUGAGAAUGGCAACACAGCAUUAUCUUUGGUUCAUCCAGUAGAACUGUAUAUUUCCAAAAAAAAUUAUACUAACUUUCUGUCUACUACUUCGUACACAUGGCUUACAGAACUAGAAAAACUAAUAUAGACCGCUUGUAUAUAGCGUAUUAAAUUGAAACAUACACCAGAUUUUAAGUUAGAUUUUCAGGAAUGCAACUGUGGCAAUCGCAUCGAAUUUGGUUUAGUAGUAUUUGUGUGUACCGGCUCAAACAUAUAGAUAGAAUUUCUAAAAAAUGUUGUUUUGGCAUCUAUUGGUCUUAUCAAGAUCCCUCGUAUAAAGUUUUCUUAAAUAUUUCCAUGUACAGACAUCGUUGAGUUACAAUUUUCCUAUAUAUCAAUAAUAAGAAAUAAGAUACAAUGCGCAUUUGUAGAAUGGCGCGGUGAAAUUAAUUCCAAAAUAAUUAUUCACGCUUGUUCGAUUGUUUAAAAGAGUCGAUAGUUUGAAUGUAAAAUACUAAUUUAAAUAUAAUUACCGUGGCUGUGACUUAGUUAAUUUAUAAGCAAAUGUCAGUUGAGAUGAAAAAAAUAUAAAAUUCGAUAUUUAAAAUUUUAGCGCCUUUUUGUCGUAUUUUUUUUAUGUAACAGGCAAAAGGCUCGCAACAUUCGUUUUACUUCAUUAAUGUCACAUGAAAAUUUUUAUUCAGUUUUGGCGCCAUUUUUUAUUUUUUUUUAUUUUAUGAAUUAGGCAAAAGACUCGCAUCAUUCUUCUAUGCAAUAAGUAGUUGCGAUUAUAUCGUGUUUGUUUGUUUAUUUCCUCCAACCGUGGGAUAACAUUUUUUUUAUUUAAUUGCGGGCUAGAACACUUUUUUUUUUAAUAAUAUUAAUAUAUAUUGAUAUUCACGCUGGCAUUUGCGAACUUAUUUAAAUAACAUUCUGUAGUUUAGUUUAAUGUAGAUGCCUUAAAUGCAUUGAUAUUUUAAAAAAAAUCUAGAUAAACAACCUAAGACUAAAAAAGUACUAUAAUAAUUACUUUAAAAAACAGUUUUAAGUAUAACUUUUAUAUGGAAGUAUGAAUCUUGGUUUUUGUCAUAUCAAUGAUUCAAUAUGGGAUUAAACCUAAUUGUCUAUAUCAAAAUAGUUUUAAUAUAAUAAUUUAUGUAUUAAAAAAAAACAGUUUCUUUUGUCUAUGGCUAAUGUAUAACAAAUAUUUCUUUUUUAUAUUUCAUAUUCAGGCUGUAAUUUCUAGGUAUUGGUAGAAGAAAUAAUAUUUCAUAUUAUAUCAUAAGCUUCUAUAUUUAAAAAUUAUCAUUUUUUUUUAAAUCUCCCAGAUUCUACAAUUUGAAACACAUCUAUUUAUGAACAUUGGUUAAUCUGUUUUGUAAUAUAUUUUUUUUUAUUUAUACGUGUACCACAGACUAUGUAAUUCGAAGUAUAAAAAAAGCGUGUAAAGUGUACUUAUGGGGAUAUGUUUAUAAACCAUAAAUUCAUGUAAUGAAAUAAUUGUUACAUUCUAUUCGUCUUUUUAAUAACAUUUUACUAUAGACAUUUACACAUUAAACUGGUAUUCAAAAUGGCAGUAAAUGUACUAAAAUGAGUUUGUAUCACCGAAAACCAAUCUAGGAUGUUACUUUUGAAAAGUAUAUAAUGUAUAAUGGAUCGUAUAAAUCUAGAUAGAGCAUCGAGUAUCAAAAAACGCUCAGCCGUCUCUUGAAUGAUAUGUCGUUUUUUUGUUCUGUACAAAAGUCCAAAAGUAUAAUAUUGGUAUUAUAAUAUAUUUACACUUAUCUUUAUUUCAUUAGUAUAAUUUUUGGUGAAUUUGUUUGUUACAUCUUAACGCAUUACCGGCUCAACCAAUUGUCAUAGUAAUAUUUGGGAUGUAGAAGGAAAGUGAUUUCGGUCCAUCAACAUAUUCCGAUAACACAGAAGUUGCGGGUAAAUUAUUAGUAAAUAAAUAACAUGACAGUGUAUUUUAUGAAAGUUAAAAUCAACUAAAAAAUCACUACAGCUUUAUAUUGUUUAAAUAGGACGCCAUUUUUUUUUUCAAAUGGGCGUUUUGGCAAUGCGUGUUUAGAGAGAUACUCUAUCUAGAUAUAUUUGAUCUGUACAAUGAUAUCUGGUACUUCUUGGUAAUAAUUCAUGCCAAAUGAGGUUAUGGGUAUUUAUGAUAUCCCAUCGCGGUAUUGGACAAAUUGGCGUUGAAUAUUUCAAAGCUGAUUUUUUUUAAUCAGAUUGGUAGAUUGUUUAGAAUUUCUAUAACUAAUUUAAAAAUGUAAUUUUUUUUAUUAUAGAAAUUCUGAAUAAUGAAACGAAAAAAGUUUGAUUAUCUAUGGUGCGAUUCGAAAUAUUCCUAUAUAUAUAGUUACUGGCCGUAUCAUAGAUAAUCAACUUAGAAUUGAUACCUUCGACACGAUUUUAUGUCUAGUUUAAAAAAAAAAAACUAAAAGGUAUAAUACUAAUAUGGGAAUACUUAAAAGUGAAAAUGCUAAUUGAUAUAAAAUAUGAAACUUGAUUAUAAAGUGGCUUGACGAUGUCUAAAUAUAGAUGCUUUCCUUAGAAGGCAUAGAUCGUGUAAGGGCGUGCGCACACGUGGAACUGUCCUCGGCGUAGUUAUGUCCAUCGACACGAUGGAGAUUUGCCCUCAUGUUGCUCGUCUGCGUAAGCCCCAAUCGACAGUUGCGAUUCUAAAUACAAUUUUAAAUAGGGAACACCCAAUUUUCUUACUAGUACAAACUGAAAUGACCUUUAAAUACUGCUAUUUAAAAUCGCAAUUGCCACACGAUCUCACACGCUAUAAAUAUUCGCCUUUCUAUACCCGCUCCCGCUAGUCCUAAUUUAAUGAAUGAUAAAGCUUAGAGUGUUCAACACGGAGCGUAGGAAAUGAAAUAGUUAUUAUUAACAUGAUAAUGGCAAUACCCUUCUAAGUGUAAAUAUGGCGGGAAAUUUUAUUUGGAAAAAUAAUGUUUGAGUAGCGAAGGUAAGGCAGGGGAGUUUUUUUUUUAAGUUGAAAAUAUAUAUGGGACAAGGGGAAUCCUCUACAUUUGUAGAGGAUUCCCCUUGUUGUUGAGGAUUUGUAGUAUUUACUACUGGACGCUUUAUACAGGCUAUUUGGUUUUAAUUAUAAUAAGAAACAACCAAUAAUAGACCUUAAUAUAAAGGGAUAAUUGUAUGUACUCCGAUUCUCGUGUUGAACACUCUAAAAAGGCUCUGUUUUGACAUAUUUGUGCUGUGUCAGCGUCGAAUUAGCCGUGACGAUUAUUGUGACGCAAUCGAUUCACCGUUGACACGACGCGAAUUGGCGGGAUAGGCCGUGAAACGAAACGGACCGUGCACUGAUAAAGAAACUACAAUUAACACAUUCUCGUUUCGAUGUAUUGUAAAAAUAAUUUAAAUAGUAAUUAAUCGUGUAGAUAUUGUUGAAAAUGACGCGGAAGUGAGAUAAUAAAAUUGUAUUAUUACACAAUAUUUUUAGAAAUGUUUUGCAUUGCGUUGCGUUCUCAUUUUAAAUCUCGUCACUGAUUUUAAUAUUGGCGGGAAAGUAAGAGGUAGCCAUGUUUGAAAAGAAUAAUUUCAAUUUUUAAAAAUGGAAUGACCAUAGUGUUUUAUUCCGGAAAUGUUCUCUUUCAAUAUCGACAAUUCAUUCUUUAACAAGCAAGCAAAUGUACAAUGUUUAUUAUAAUUGGUAUUUAUAAAUUGUAGUAACUUAGGAAUGUGUCCAUUAAAUUAUUAGAUUACGGUAGACACCAUGUAGUUAGUAAACAUUUAAUGCUAUUUAACAAUCUCUAAGUUGGUUAAACUGCGAAUUUCCUGCAAAAACCAUAAUAAAAUCAAUACACACUACGUUGCGGCAUUCUUUAAAAAAUAGUAUACAGCUCUUCAGAAAGAUUCUGUUAUUUGGCAAAGAGCGCUAUGCUUACCAUCAGGCGAGCCGUAUACUUAUCGCCUUCAUAUAGGUUUAAGACUAGCACGCUUACUGUAAGCAACAGAGUAUGCAUUAUUUUAAAUGUAUUCUAAACGAUUUAUUUUAGAAGCUAACUUUAUUCAUAAAAAUUAAAAUCUGCGAACCUAUUUUCAACCGACUUUAAAAAUAAGGAGGUUCUCAGUUCGUUUGUAUUUUUUGUAUUUGUUACUUCAUAACUCCCUCGGUUAUAAACAGAUUUGGAAAAUUCUUUUUUUUUAUUUUAAAGAAUAUACUCACAAAUUGGUUCCAUAGAAAUUUUAUCAAAAUCGGUUUAGUAGUUUAAUUUUUUAAUCAAAGUAACUUGUUUUGUACAAGAAUUUAAAUUCGAUUUUGUUUAAAUAGAUUUAAGCUAAACGUAUUACUUUUUCUGAAUGGAGGUGGGGGGCGGGGGGUCGGAUCCGCAACGUAUUUGUUCAUUAUGAAAUAUUUUUGUAAGUCAAUUCGCAGUUUAUUCAAAGGAAAAUCGACGUUAAAAUGUAGUUUCUUUUUCGGGAUCCAAUUCAAGUUUAAAAUUUGUCCGUUCCACUCACUUCUAAUUAGAAUUUUUGCAGAAAAAAAGCAAAAAAAUGUUUAAAAAAUAUUGCGAUUAUGUAUUUUAAUGUAAACUAAAUCAAUGUGGCUCGCGCUUCUUCCGCGGCGUACGCGCACAAUAUUUCACCUGAUUUGAUGAAAUGUGAUAAUUUUCAAAGAAACAAGGCCUUUAUUUAUGCGCGCCGCGAGAGAAGCGGCGGGUAAGAGCUAUGCGAAUUAUAUCAACUCGUGUUUACGCAAGUGUCCUGUUAUUUCACGUUUAAAAAAUACAGUGAGUCCUUUUUCCUACCAGCCCCAUACACGGUCUGCUAAGAUGAAGAACUCACAACAAAAAAAAAUGUAACGGUUUUAACUAUGUCUACCUAUACAUAUAUAAUUAGUAAGUAUCAUAUACUGUACAAAAGGCUGCGUUUGGGAAGAAAAAAUGUAAAAAAAAAAUUGGCCCCAUUUUUUUGGGGCCGUUAACAUACGCUUAGUAAAAUAAAUAGGAAAUGUGUACCUCGAUAAGUUUCCGAUUAAUAGUUUAGGCCAUUGCGACGCCACUGAAUGCUGUGUCGAUGGCGCGCUGUAUAUUAUUUUCUUUUAACUUUUUCUUUGUGGUUGUCUAUGGCCACAUUCGUGCAGUACCUUUUAUGUGUAAAUAUAACUUUUUUUUAUUGAUUUUUUUUUGUUUACGAUGUCGAUUCGCGCUCUUCGCAUACACUGCGUUCAGGUGCGCCGACAAUAAUUAUAAAAAAAAAAAAACGCUGUAAAUUGUUUGUAAAAAUAGUCAUGUUCAGAAUUUCAAUUGUAGUUUUGUUGAUUAUAUUUUUUUUCAACCGGAAAUUGCUGAAUAAAGCGAAGAUUCUGUUUCA